GAAACGUGCACACAUGCUCGACACACAUACUCAUGCAAACACACAGACAAACCCUACACACAUAUGCUGUGGUGACUGUUUGAAUUGCACUAUAGAAUAACUAUACAAAUGCAUGCUGGCCUAGACGGCUGCUUACUAUAUCAACUCUUCUAAGACAGAAUUAGCUAUGAUUUUAUAUGCCUUAUUUGAGCUGUUUGGUGUUAAAUGGUGGUUGAUUAUCAUUCCUAUUGUCUUGAUUCUUGUCGAUUAUAUUUGGAACAAAAAUCCACCUAACUUUCCUCCAGGACCGCUGCCUUUGCCUUUUUUGGGAAAUGUCUUCACAGGAGUUGACUAUAAAGCUAUGGACAAAUUGACAGAAGAGUAUGGGGAUAUUUUCAGUCUGCGGAGAGGCAGCACUAAAAUAGUGUACGUUUCUGGAUAUAAGAUGGUAAAGGAAGCUCUUGUCACUCAAGUGGACAGCUUUGCACGUUAUGUUACACCCCUAUUUGGUGAAAUUUACCAAGGGAGAGGCCUGUCGUUCAGCAAUGGCUACUCAUGGAGGAAGCAGCAGCAGUUUGCUGUUAGCCACCUGAAGAACUUUGGAGAGGGGAAAAAGACUCUGGAACACCACAUCCAGCGAGAGUGUCAUUUCCUCUGUGAGGCAUUCAAAGAGGAACAGGGCCAUCCAUUUGACCCUCUGGUCAAAAUCAAUAAUGCAGUGGCAAAUGUGAUUGGCACCCUGGUAUUUGGCCAGCGCUACGAGUACGAUGACAUUCAGUUCCAGAAACUUCUACGCAUGAGUGCAGAGUCUGUGCACCUCACUGGCUCUGUUUGGAAUGAGUGGUAUGAUGCAUUCCCAAGCAUAAUGAGCAGGAUACCAGGACCACAUCAUAUUAUAAUCACAAACUACCGCAGACUUGCAGCCUUUCUCAAAGAGAAGAUUGAGAAGCACAAACUGGACUGGGACCCAAAUGAGCCUCGAGAUUACAUUGACACUUACUUAGCAGAAAUUGAGAAGAGGAAGAACGACAAAGAGGCCCGGUUUGAUUUGGAUAACCUGGCAUGGUGUAUGGUUGAUCUCUUCGAGGGAGGAACAGGGACCACUACCACCACUUUAUGCUGGGCUCUUUUGUACAUGAUGAAAUAUCCACUGAUUCAGGAGAAGGUCCAGGAGGAGAUUGACCGCAUGAUUGGACGUUCAAGUAUAUGCACUUUGGCAGACAAGGCCAGCAUGCCAUACACCAAUGCUGUUCUUCAUGAGGUCCACAGGAAAGGCAAUAUUGUCCCACUAAACAUGUCCAGGGUGGCAAUAAAAGACACUACACUGGGGAGCUACUUCAUUCCAAAGGGAACAGUGAUGAUCACCAACCUCUCUUCUGUGCUGAAUGAUAAAAGAGAAUGGGAAACGCCAGAUACCUUCAAUCCAGGACACUUCCUGGAUUCAGGGGGUCACUUCCGCAGGAGAGACGCUUUCUUUCCAUUUUCCGCAGGUAAAAGGCUGUGUCCUGGGGAAUAUUUGGCUCGUGCGGAACUCUUCCUCCUCUUCACCAUCCUCUUACAGACCUUCACUUUCUGUCCUUCUCCUGGGGAAGAGCCCAGUCUGGACAGUCAUCUCGGCUUCACGCGGGCCCCAAUGCCUUACAAGUUCUGUGCUGUCCCAAGAUAAGGAGAUAAAGCCAUGUGCAGAUAAGAGGUCAGUCGUUCGCUCUAAUGACAGUGUGCAUUCAAGCUGGCACUGACUCCACAGGUUUGUGCAAAGGCCUCAGAUAAGCAGAUCAAAUUCUCCUGAAAGUCUGAACCUGAGCUUCAAAAGAAUAGACAAGACAAAAAUGACAUUUUGAUGUACAAAGUGUCACUUACAUUUGAAUAGCGACCUAGAAAUAGUGCAAAAUUUAAUAUUGAACUUGAAUAUUUUUGCUUCAUUUCAUGUGUAUUGUUUCUAUUUGUUAAUGUUUAAAAAAUCUGUUGCUUGUUUCAACAAUGGUGGUCUCAGACUUAUGGACCCCACUGUACCUAAAGUAAUAAUUUAAGUAAAACUCAAUGUACUUUUCGAAACAAACAACUUGAGCAGAAGUACAAA